AUGGCCAUGAUGGGGUCCUCCGCCUGGAACGGCCAGGACCAGGCCAUGCACCCUGCUGGCGACGAGGAGUUCCAGCAGUUUCUCGAUAUGAACGGCAUGGGCAACCUCACCGACAACAUCCAGUUCGACUUCACCGACUUCCAGAAUGCAUCCCCUGGCGCUUCGCAGUUAAUACACACCACCAUGGCGCCCGCCAGCGAGCCACUCGACACCCCCAUGACUGGCGCACAUCAUGCACCCGCCCUCCUUGCGCAGGCGACCACCGGACAGCUCUCGGAUGCCGGCCUUACCGGCACCGCCGGUAUCCACCCCGGCUCUCACACGCACGGCAUGAACCCCGUUGUUACUACCGGCGGCGGCUCCCACGCCAGCAACCCCACCACCCUGAUGCCCUCUGUGACGCCCACCGAUGCCAUUUCGGAGAUUGACGCCCAGAUCCAGUACCUGCAGCAGCAGCGCAUGCAACAGCAGCAGCGCCAGGUCGAGGAGCAGAACAUCGCCUUCUUUCAAAGGCAAAAUCACAUUGUGCCACCAACGCCGCAAAGUCUGGAGCUGCAGGCCGGCAACCAGUUCUUCCACUCCCCAGACCCACGCAAUCAGCAGCACCAGCAGCAGCAGCAGCAGCAGCAGCACCCCUCGCAGCAGUCGCAGCAGCAGGCCAUGUACGAGCGGUAUCAACACUACAAGGAGCAGCAGGAUAUGUCUUUCACCCCUCUGGUGUCGCCUGCUGUCACACCGCUCGAGACACAGUUUUCUAUUGAUACACAGUUUACCGUGCCGGGUGCCUACUUCAGCCCUCUGACGUCGCCGGCCCUGCAUGCGCAGACAGACCCCAAUUCCACCUUUGACCCACGCCUCAAUACCUCCAGCACUUCGCCUCUCGACAUGGAUAUGGAGAUGCUCCCGGCCGCGGCGCCUGCUUCUUCCAACUCAACGUCCGUCGGCGACAACCUUGCUAAAAAAGCACGGAAAAACAACGCCUCCAAGGCACGGAAAGCCAACGUUCGCCAGUCCCCCAUUACCAAGCCCAUGCGGAAAAAGUCGACAACUACGCCCGUCAUGAACGCCCAGGUGCUUGACCAGCUCGCCGAGUCGCUGGAGCACGAGGCUCUGUCGUCGCCCGUCAUCCGUCAACAGUCGCAGCAACAGGCCUUCCCUAGCAAUGCUCGCCUCACUCCCUCACACGGGCACGUUGGUGGCCCAUCCUCUUCCUCUGCUGGCACGACCGACUCCGAAAACGACUCAGUGUCACCUGAAAACCUCACAGAUAUGCCUCCCCCACCCCUGCCAAAGCCGCGGUCUGCACGCCCCUCGCCCUACCUCCACCCCCAGAACCAUAGCUCCGCAGCACCAAAUCACAACGUGGGCCCUGCGACGAGUGCGCCAGGCCCUGCCAUGGCCGGUGCCGCACUCGCUGGCGGUUUCCCAUCACCCGCCACACCGGCCUCGCUGAUGAAGCUCUCUUCGCCGAAGCAAAAAUCGCACAAGUCUUCCCCGUCUGUUACACCAAUCAAACGUGAUGGCACCGCAAGUGGCAGCAAUAGUGUCGGCGGCGGCGCGACCACUGCGGUCGGCGUCGCCAACGAGCAAAUUGAGAACUUUGAGCUGCCCGAGUCUCUCAGCAUGGACUUCCAGAAGACGCACGUGACCUCUUCAAGUGCACACAACACCCCUUCCAUCGAGACGACCGCGUCGCCGUCGCUUGAUCCCAUCGCGGGCGGCCGCGGCUUCCAACCUCUGCCCUCGCCGUCUAUCGCGAAGUUGGGCGGCGGCACGCGCUCGGCUACGCAAAGCCCUCAGAUCCUCCCUGGCUCGUCCUCCACGCCCAUCCUCGCAGCAGGCUCCAACCGCAAGACGCCGCAGAUGCUGCCGCGCGGCUCGUCGUCGAAAAAGCGGCCCAGCAUCAGCUCUGUCCAGGUGUCGCCCGCGCUGCGGCCCAAGAUUUCGCCCAGCAUCAAGCCUCUGCUGCCCGGUGGCGUCUCGUCCGUCGAGGACCAGGCGUCGCGGCUGCUCGCCACCAAGUCCAACUACCAGAACAUCCUAGAAGGCAACACAGUUCCCGGUGUAUCGUACCCGAGUGAGCUGUCGACGAACCUGACCUCGAAGCGGACAUCACACAAGAUUGCCGAGCAGGGCCGGCGGAAUCGGAUCAACUCGGCGCUGCAGGAGAUUGCGACGCUGCUACCCACGCCGCCACCCAAGGACACCAAGGCUGGCGACGCUGCGGCUGGUGGUGACGACGAUGAGGUCGGCGGUGGCGACGCCAAGAAGGACGGCAAACCGGCCUCCGGUGGUGGUGGCAACAACAGCGCACCCAACAGCAAAGCCAGCACAGUGGAGAUGGCGAUUGAGUACAUCAAACUGCUGAAGAAGGAGGUGGCCGACCUGACAAAGCGGGCGGAAGAUGCCGAAGCAAAACUGCAGCUCAAGGUUGAGGAAACCAGCUAA